CCAUGUACGUUGACAACAUUGAGGCAACAAAAUAAAAAACAACAUGAUAAAAAGCAACAACGUCAACAGAAUUCACUUUUGCAGCAGUUUUUCAUUUUCCGUUUGCAUUCCAUUUAUGAGACAUCACAUAUCUUAACUUAGGAUUUUGUGUAUAUACCACAAAGUAUUCUCCACAUCUGAUUUGUUAAGAAAAUUUAAGAAAUGCAUUUAAACUGAAGCAAAGUGCACUAUAUUGUGAUCGGAAACACGAAAUGGUCACGACACGUUGAGCAGGAUAGUGUUGGACGACCCACCAGCAGCCCCACGAUGACCUACUGUGCACAUUAUGGCGAUUUAGUAAAUCUGAAUGUUGGUGGACAGCGUUUUUCCACUUCCCGUCAGACGCUGACGUGGAUCCCUGAUACCUUUUUCACGGCAUUAUUAAGUGGACGCAUUUCCAGUUUACGCGAUGAAACUGGCGCUAUAUUCAUUGAUCGCGAUCCGGCCUUGUUCUCGAUCAUUCUCAACUAUUUACGCACUAAAGAUAUCGACAUUAAAAACUGUGAAAUACGGGCUUUGCGUCACGAAUCUGAAUACUAUGGCCUUACUCCGCUUGUUAAGCGUCUAGCACUUUGCGAGGACCUAAACCAUUCAUCAUGCGGUGAUGUGCUAUUUUAUGGCUAUUUGCCUGCACCGUUGAUGCCGUCUAAUGAGGCAAUUCAUGCUGCUGUUAUGUCCACAGGAUCUGUAGCAACCGAAGAUCGCCCAGUUUUUGGCUCAGAUCUGCCAUCUUACAGAACAUCAAAUAGUAGUGGAAUAAAUGUUGGAAAUACAAACAAUUUAUACAACCCACAGGCACCAACAGUACCGUUGGAAUCUUGCUUACCUUCAACAUCAUCAGGUUUAGUAUCAAAUUCAACGGUAAACGCGCGCCCUGGUUCAAUGGUUCGCGUACCCGAAACGGCAUCUGUAUCUAGCCGACACUCAUCACAUUCUCGAAACUCUUCAUGGGAUUUGCGUUGCGGGCGUACGAACGGUAAUGUUAGUGGAGAAGUACGCAGUUGGGCUACUGCUGGCCCUUCUUCGACCCAUUCACGCACCGCCUCACUAGAUUUCAUGCGACAUUCGCGUAACUCUUCCGCCGACCUCAAUAAGCUCAUACGCAACGAUGUAGGAUUGGUAUUUAGUCCAACCCUGACUUCAAACUGGGUGGAUCCAUUGCGGGUUCAAAUAAUCAAGGCACAUCAAAAUUGGAUUGCAGUGGCUUAUGCCCAUUUCGUGACUUGCUAUAGAGUGAAGGACUCAAGUGGCUGGCAACUGGUAUUUACCUCGCCUCACAUUGAUGCAACCAUUGAACGUAUGGCGAUUAACUCAAAGGUCAACACUUCCACAGCCGAACCCAUACCUAGUAAAAUGGUGGCUAUUUCAUAUGGUAGCCAAAUACGCUUGUGGAGUAUACAUGAAGGAGGAAAUAAAACCGAUGUUGGAACAUUUAAUCUGAAUGUACGCGUAGAGUAUUUGUUUUUUAUCGGCAGCCAGUUGGUGGCGUUGUCCUCAUCGGGCAAAAUAGGCGUGUGGCAUGCCAUGACACAGCACUGGCAAAUCCAAGAUUUGGUGCCCGUACUGUCGUUUGACUCAGCUGGCUCGUUUUUAUUGCUGGGAUGCAAUAAUGGGUCUAUUUAUUAUAUAGAUAUGCAAAAGUUUCCAUUACGUAUGAAGGAUAAUGACUUGUUAGUGACUGAGUUAUAUAAAGACCCGACAUUGGAUCCCAUUACAGCAAUUUCUGUUUAUCUCACCCCAAAAACUUCAAGUAUAAGUGGAAACUGGAUAGAGAUUGCGUACGGUACGAAAUCGGGAGCGGUGCGUAUUAUUGUGCAACAUCCGGAGACAGCCGGCCACGGACCGCAUUUAUUUGAAACAUUUACUGUACACCAAAGCCCAGUAACUAAGGUUACGCUCUCAGAAAAAUAUUUGGUUUCUGUGUGCAGUGAGUAUCACCAUGUACGCACCUGGUCAUUGACACGUUUUCGCGGAAUGCUCUCCACACAACCAGGCUCUACACCCGAGGCAUCAUUUAAGAUUGUGGCACUCGAAGCCACUGAUUCACAUUACAGUUACGCGGCUGGUAAUGAUUUUGGCCCAUAUGGCGAUUAUGAUGAACAGAUUUUCGUACAAAAAGUAGUGCCGGAAACAGAUCAGCUUUACGUGCGCUUAGCUUCGAAUGGCGAUCGCGUCUGUAUUAUAAAAUCAGUAGAUAGCUCAACUAUCACUUCGUUCUGCGUACACGAGUGCGAGGUGUCUUCACGUAUGGGCUCACGUUUCAUAUUGACUGGCCAUUGUAAUGGUGCCAUUCAAAUGUGGGAUCUCACAACGGCAUUGGCGUUGCUUUCGAAAGAUGAACCCCAGCAGAAAACCUCAGGCGGACCCGACACACAUGAGCUUCUCCGCCUACUGGAUCAAUGUGAAAUCAGCAAUAGUCUCAGCUCAACGCCUUGUAUGUCACCAUGUCUAUCAGUGGUUGGAGGGAUGGCAAAUGCCACAAUAGCGCGCAUGAAAGCCAGUAAUGUGGCACUGCUAAAUCAGUUACACAAUCAGCACCAGCCAGUGCCACUGCAGCACCAACCGCAAGCACAAGGGCAACAAUCUGUUGUUAACGCAGCAGCGCAGUUUUUGCAGCAACAACAGCAGCUGCCACAACCACAGCAACAACAUCCUCAACAGCAACAGGGAGCGCCGGGCAACGGUGGUAAUGGGGAAUGAAAUGCGGAAGCGGCGUGUGCAGCAGCAGCAGUUGCUGUUGCUGCUGAGGCGGCGUUGGUCGGGCGUAUUUCAUCGUUUCUCACAUUUAGCAUAGCAUUAGAGUACAUUGCCAAGCUGUUGCAAAUAAUGUUCUGCUCGAUUAUAUAUAUUUGCAUAUUACGUUAUACGGCAUCAGCAGCUGUGCGGCGACCUUAAGAGUGUCCUCGUGGCUAGCAAAAGUUACUCUUAAUCUCCUUUUUGUCUAGAUGUUGUCUAUGUACUGUUUUUAUGCUACACAUAUUUGUAUAAGUGAUUUUAAAUGCGAUUCGCGGCAAAUUAUUCGUACAAUACGUAUGUAUUACUUUUACAGAUACUGAUGAAUUAUACUACACACCUACAUAUACGAUUUAUUACACACUUGUUUUCCCGAAAUAUAUCGAAAUAUACACGAAAGAAAAUGUU